AUGUCUCCGUCUCUAUCAUGGACAUCAACAGUGCCCAACUGUUGGCCAGAAGACUGGAUUGACUCUCGUCUUUGCGCACAAAUGCGCCUACGAUACGACGUUAUCCGACUCUCGCUCUUUCGUGCGCUGUCUAAUCGGCGUACUCGUGUGCCAUUGGCUGGUGUUCUGUCGCCGAUUCCUCGUCUUGACGCCGUGGCGCAGAAUGACCAGGUGUCUCACUUGUUUGCGGAGCCUUUUGCCUCGUACAGCAGCCUCGGAGAACUCCGCAAUGGAACCUAA